AUGGAAGCAGAAGCGGGGAACAACGUGGAGACCGGGAAGCCGGCCAACAGAGGCACUCGAAUUGCCCUGGCCGUGUCCGUAGCUGGCGCCCUGGUGCUGGGCACUGUUCUCUUUCUAGUGAGCCAAGGUCUCUUAAGUUUCCAAGCUAAACAGGAGUACUGCUUGACACCGGAAUGCAUCGAAGCCGCUGCUGCCAUCUUGAGUAAAGUAAAUCUGUCUGUGGACCCCUGUGAUAAUUUCUUCCGUUUCUCGUGUGAUGGCUGGAUAAACAAUAAUCCGAUUCCUGAAGAUAUGCCGAGCUAUGGGGUUUAUCCUUGGCUGAGACAUAAUGUGGACCUAAAGUUGAAAGCACUUUUGGAGAAAUCAAUCAGUCGGAGGCGGGACACCGAAGCUGUGCAGAAAGCCAAGAUCCUUUAUUCAUCCUGCCUGAACGAGAAAGCAAUCGAAAAAGCAGAUGCCAAACCGUUGCUGCACAUCCUACGGCAUUCGCCUUUCCGCUGGCCCGUGCUGGAAUCCAAUAUCGGCCCUGAAGGGGUUUGGUCAGAGAGGAAGUUCAGCCUUCUGCAGACGCUUGCAACGUUUCGGGGCCAAUACAGCAAUUCUGUGUUUAUCCGAUUGUAUGUGUCCCCUGACGACAAGGCAUCCAACGAACACAUCUUGAAGCUGGACCAAGCGGCCCUCUCCCUAGCUGUGAGAGAAGACUACCUUGAUAACAGCACUGAAGCCAAGUCUUAUCGGGAUGCCCUUUACAAGUUCAUGGUGGAUACUGCUGUGCUUUUAGGAGCGAAUAACUCCCGAGCCGAACAUGACAUGAAGUCAGUGCUUAGAUUGGAAAUUAAAAUAGCCGAGAUAAUGAUUCCACAUGAAAACCGAACCAGUGAGGCCAUGUACAACAAAAUGAACAUUUCCGAACUGAGUGCUAUGAUACCUCAGUUUGACUGGCUGGGCUACAUCAAGAAGGUCAUCGAUACGAGGCUCUACCCUCACCUGAAGGACAUCAGUCCCUCCGAAGAUGUGGUCGUCCGAGUUCCACAGUACUUUAAGGAUUUGUUCAGGAUCUUAGGCACAGAGAGGAAGAAGACCAUUGCCAACUAUUUAGUGUGGAGGAUGGUUUAUUCCAGAAUUCCAAACCUCAGCAGGCGCUUUCAAUACAGGUGGCUGGAAUUCUCAAGGGUAAUCCAGGGGACCACAACUUUGUUGCCUCAGUGGGACAAAUGCGUCAACUUCAUCGAAAGUGCCCUCCCUUAUGUGGUUGGGAAAAUGUUCGUGGACGUGCACUUCCAGGAAGACAAGAAGGAGAUGAUGGAGGAAUUGAUUGAGGGUGUUCGCUGGGCCUUUAUUGACAUGCUGGAGAAAGAAAAUGAGUGGAUGGAUGCAGGGACCAAAAGGAAAGCCAGAGAAAAGGCAAGAGCUGUUUUGGCAAAAGUCGGUUAUCCUGAGUUUAUAAUGAAUGAUACUUAUGUUAAUGAAGACCUCAAAGCAAUCAAGUUUUCGGAAUCUGACUACUUUGGCAACGUCCUGCAAACCCGCAAGUAUUUAGCACAGUCUGAUUUCUUCUGGCUCAGAAAAGCAGUUCCCAAGACUGAGUGGUUUACAAAUCCAACAACUGUCAAUGCCUUCUACAGUGCAUCUACCAAUCAGAUAAGAUUUCCAGCAGGAGAACUCCAGAAGCCAUUCUUUUGGGGAACAGAGUAUCCCCGAUCUCUGAGUUAUGGUGCUAUAGGAGUAAUUGUUGGACAUGAGUUUACGCAUGGAUUUGAUAAUAAUGGGAGAAAAUAUGAUAAGAGCGGAAACCUGGAUCCUUGGUGGUCUGUUGACUCAGAAGAAAAGUUUAAAGAAAAAACAAAGUGCAUGGUCAACCAGUACAGCAGCUAUUAUUGGAAGAAAGCUGGCUUAAAUGUGAAGGGGAAGAGGACUCUGGGAGAAAAUAUUGCCGAUAACGGAGGUCUGCGGGAAGCUUUUAGGGCUUACAGGAAAUGGGUCAAUGACCAAAGGCAGGGAGUGGAGGAACCUCUCCUACCGGGCAUCACCUUCACCAACAACCAGCUCUUCUUCUUGAGUUAUGCUCAUGUGAGGUGUAACUCCUACAGACCAGAAGCUGCCCGAGAACAAGUCCAGAUUGGUGCUCACAGCCCUCCUCAGUUCAGAGUCAAUGGUGCAAUUAGCAACUUUGAAGAGUUUCAGAAGGCUUUUAACUGUCCACUUAACGCCACGAUGAACCGAGGCCUGGACUCCUGCCGCCUGUGGUAGCUGCUGGACCGCUGCAUUCUGCCACCCGGAGCAAGCUAAACAGUGCCGUUAGAUGUUGCACCGAGCAC